AUGAGGCUGCUUUCCUACUUCACUGCACUACUGUGCACCACAGGAGUUGCCCUGUCGGCAGCAACAACCAAAAGUGACAAGCUAGCUCGCUUCCAGUCCCUCUCCCGAUCAACUCCAAUCGACUUGGAUGAUUCGACAUACAAUGACCUCACAUCGGCGCCCCGAGACUAUCAUGUCGCCGUUAUGCUCACAGCUACAGAUGCGCGCUUCGGCUGUGCCCUCUGCCGAGAAUUCCAACCGGAGUGGGAUCUCAUUGCAAAAAGCUGGAACAAGGGCCAAGCCGGUGAUGUCGACUUGAUCUUUGGCACACUAGACUUCAGCAAUGGGAAGGAAACCUUUAGACAGCUAAUGUUACAAACUGCCCCCGUGGUACUAUUAUUCCCCCCAACAGUGGGACCUGGCGCAACGGCCGAUGGAGCACCUCAAAGAUUCGACUUGUUUGGCCCGACUACCGCUGAACAAGCCUACGUCUGGAUCACCCGUCAUCUCCCCGAAGGCCCGAAACCGCAAUUGGUGCGUCCCAUCAACUACAUGCGACUUGCGUCCGCAGUCACCCUUCUGCUUGGCGCAAUUACUCUUUUCACAGUAACAUCGCCUUACGUGAUUCCUAUUAUCCAGAACAGGAAUAUAUGGGCGGCCAUCAGCUUGAUUGCUAUCCUUCUAUUUACUAGCGGACAUAUGUUCAACCACAUCCGCAAGGUUCCAUAUGUUGCGGGAGACGGAAGAGGUGGAAUUUCCUACUUUGCCGGCGGAUUCUCAAACCAGUUUGGCAUGGAAACCCAGAUUGUGGCUGCAAUGUAUGGCAUACUUUCCUUUGCAGUCAUUGCAUUAGCCUUGAGAGUUCCACGCAUGGCCGAUGCUAAGACUCAGCAAUUGGCUGUUAUUAUUUGGGGCGUUAUACUGCUCGGCAUGUACAGCUUCCUUCUCAGCGUCUUCAGGGCCAAGAACGGCGGCUAUCCUUUCUACCUACCUCCGUUCUAA